AAAAGCUAUAUAAACUAUAGAUCCCUGGAUACAAAGAUACACCUGCUGAGUUUCCCCACUCUCAGCUCACAUGACGACUGACCAUGAAGUUGGCUAUUCUGAUCUGCGUUUCUGUUCUCAUUUACCUCUCUGUGGCAGAGGCACAACAGAGUGAGGACAACAAUGUUCCUGAUUUUGGAUGUACUCGUGAGUACAAUCCAGUGUGUGGAGAUGAUGGCGUCACAUACUCCAAUGAGUGCAUGCUACACUGGGAGAACAAGAUUCGUGGCAAGAAUGUCAGCCUGAAGCAUGUAGGAAAGUGUGAGACUUCCUGAACUCACUGCUGUUACAUCUAUAGUAUCCACAAUGGCUUUUCAUAUAGAUACUACUGCAACAACCAGCAUGAUUUCCUAUCAUACAUUAAUCAGUAUAAUAUGAAGACAUAUUCUAUUGGAACCUUAUCAGAUAUUGCUUUGCCUACAUGUAAUCACAUGCAACUGAAGCAUUUAAGAGCUCUAUUUUAUUAAUACAUGAAUAAAAAAAGAAUUUCAAAUAAACCACAUUCAAAAUCUAA